AUGGUUAUCGAGUGGCUAGACGAGGGCAAGUUCCACCGCGUUCCUAAGCUGGAGCCUGGUCCCCCUAACGUCUACUUUGGCGAUGUUUUCUCCUCCGCUUCCCAAGAUGGCCUGAGCCUCCUGGCUGGAUCUAUGUUCCUCCUUGAGCAGAUUGAUAACCCCGAGCCGGCCCCCUUGUACGACUAUGAAGAGACAGGAGUAGUGCUGAAAGGCGAGCUGCACCUCGAGGACGAGAAAGGCAACACUGCCAAGCUGUUCCCUGGAGACACCUUCUUUAUCCACCGUGGAAGCAGCAUCAUCUUUUCUACUCCCCGUUACGCUGUGGCCUACAAAGUCGGCGCUCGCCCCAAGAUGCACUAA